AUGGCGUCGGCCACUGGGAUUCCAGCUACUGUUGCGAGGGGCCAGAGUGAGGAGGAGCCGCUUUUGGGAGGGCGGGGCGAUGCAAGUCAGGCUGAGGGUCAGCGGGUGUGGAACAAUUUGUGGAUCGGCACAGCUCCCAUUGCUCAAGCCGGAAUCUGGAUCCUCGCUGCGAUUGUCUGGGGCGCGAUUUUCAGCAAGAAGUUGAUCUUCUUCUCGGCGCAUCCGCUCCUCAACUCCGCAGGCUUCCUCCUCUCCAUCCAGGCCGCCCUCAUCCUCCAACCCACGCACACCCCCUCUCAAAAACGCACAGGCACACUCGUCCACUUCCUCCUCCACGUCCUCGGCGCAUCCGCCCUCACCGCAGGCCUUAUCGUCAUCGAAAUGAACAAAGCCGGCCCGGGCCACGAACACUUCGAGUCCCCGCACGCACGGCUCGGCCUAGCAUUUUACGUCCUCAUCUACAUCCAGGCGCUGGUCGGAUUUACGCAGUACUACGUGCCGCAGCUAUAUGGCGGCGUAGACAAUGCCAAAGCGAUUUACAAGUACCACAGGGUUGCGGGUUAUGUUAUUGCGAUACUGGGGUUGGCGACGAUUUGCGCGUCGAGCUGGACGACGUACAGUUUGAAUGUAGCCCAUAUUCAGCAUUGGGCGGUUAUUGUGGCGAGUGUGCUGGUGCUGGCGGGGGUGGUGCCGAGGAUUAGGUUGAGUAAGUUUGGGAUCAAGAGGGCGGAGGGUCAGGUUAGGUUGUAG